GCACACGGUCACCGCCACACAAUGACACCUUCCCUGGAAACUGGCAGUCACGGCUGUCCCUUGAGCAUCACAGACAACUCAGGAAGAGUUCCACCAGAUACCCUGACACGUGUGCCACGAAUGUCCUCUCCGGUCACACACCCAGUCAUUCACACACCGGCCAUACCCUCUCAGGGCCGUCUUGUCAGUCUGGAUACAGCGUCCAUACCCCUACCGUCGCGGGCGCCUCACACACAGCCAGCAGCCCCGGUCACACUAACAGCUGCAGGCUUGUCCUGCACAUCUGGGGGCCGGCAGGCUGUGGCACCGUUAGCCCUGCCUCUCCUAAACAGCCGCGUCGCCAUCGGCUCUUUGUCUCUGUGUCUCUAGACGUCCGUCUCUGUCUCUCUCACGGAGGCGCGCGCGCGCACACGCUCACCCACGCGCGCUCAUACACACGCGCACACACGCGCGGGCACCGCGGGGACGAGCCCGGCGGGGCUGCGGGGGCUGCGGAGGGGGGCGGCCGCGGCCGCUGCGCACUCUGCCCGGGCCAGGGCGGCGGCCGGCGGGAGGGCGACGUGGAGCGGCCACGUGGAGCCGCCCGGGGGGAGGGCCCGGCGGCGGCGGCGGCGGCGGCGAGCCGAGGCGCGGCGGGCGCACAGCGUCGAGCCGCCGCGAAGCCGGACCCCAGCCCUCGUCGCGCCGCCGCAGUUCCAGUUCCAGCAGGGAUGUUGUUACCUUUGGCAAUGAGAAUGUUAGUGCUGCUGCCCCUGAGCCCGGCCGCGCCCAAGGAUGGAACCGUGAGCCUGGACCCCGAGGUGCAGCAGCUGCCCCUGUCCAACCCCUUCCAGCCAGGCCAGGAGCAGCUUCGGCUUCUGCAGAACUACCUACAGGGACUGGAGAGAAUGGAAAAGGAGCUGGAACACAUGAGCCGGGAGCAGGUUCUCCUCUACCUCUUUGCCCUCCACGACUAUGACCAGAGUGGACAGCUGGACGGCCUGGAGCUGUUGUCCAUGUUAACUGCAGCUCUGGCGCCCGAAGCUGCUGAUUUUCCUAUCGCCAACCCGGUGAUCCUGGUAGUGGACAAGGUGCUCGAGACCCAGGACCUGAAUGGGGAUGGGCUCAUGACCCCUGCAGAGCUUAUCAACUUCCCAGGAGAGGCCCCCAGGCACACAGAGCCCAAAGAGCCCCCGGAGCCACAAGAUGUUGGGAGGCAGUCCCCGUUAGCUAAAAGCCCGUCCAGACAAGAGCUGCAGGGAGCCCUGGGUCCCAGAGAAGAUGGGGCACAGGUAGAGGCCACAAGGGAGUCCUUGGAGCCUGUACAGGAGGCUGGGGGACAGGCAGAGGCUGAAAGAGAAGCCCGAGGCCCUAGAGCAGAGGCUGCGGGCCAGGAAGAGGCCAGCGACGCUGGAAAGGACGCAGAGGAGCAUCCAGGGGAAACACUGGAGUCCAGGAACACCCAAAAUGAGUUUGAAGUUCAUGUUAUUCAACUGGAGAAUGAUGAGAUAUGAACCUUGAGGCUAGAGAUUUGCACCCCUAGAAGUCUCAGCACCAGAACAUAAGCCCCAAAGAGUGGGCUGUGUAUGCUGGGUGUAUGUCCGCUUCCUGGCCCCCGGAGGGGCAGGUCUUUCUGUGCAGCUCAGGGAGACCCGAAGUUGAGGGGGCAGCUUUGGGGCCCAGAUAACCAAUAAAGAACUGAAUGAACUCA